AUUUGUCUUUUGCGUGCCUGUGCACAUGACUAGCGUACGUACAGCUUUUGGGCUAGCUAGGUGUUCUUCGCGCAUGCGAUAGUUAGAAGAGCAUUGAUUUUGUAAACACGGAAAAACUAUCGCUAUUUGCUGUCUAACAUGAAGCUCCAGAACUUGUGUGUGUUGUUACUUAGCUGUUUAUGUUUCCGGACCCUGGCGAGUAAAUAUUCCAAGGAAAUUAAUGACCCCAAACCUACUGAUGGCAAAAGCACAGUGGAGUUCAGGAUCGCCAAACUGAAUCAGGUCUGGGAAAAAGCGCUCCGGAUGCAACUGGAUCCAGUUAAACAGGCUGAGCUGCACAGUGACCUAAAGAUCCAGGAGAAGGAUGAACUUCGCUGGAAGAAGAUGAAGGCUGAGGGCCUGGAUGAGGACGGGGAGAAGGAGGCCAAGCUGAGACGGAGCUUUAACGUUAUUUUAGCCAAGUACGGCAUGGAUGGCAAAAAGGACACCCGUCCAUUAGAAAGCAAUAACCUUAAAGACCACGAGAGCAAGGAGGGCGAUUUGUUUGAUGACCCCAGGCUGGACAAACUCUGGAACAAGGCCAUGUCUUCUGGAAAGUUCUCAGAGGAGGAGCUCCUGAGUCUACGGCGGGAGUUUGAGCACCACAAGGAGAAGGUCCAGGACUACAACAUCCUCAUGGACACCGUCAGCAGGACCGAGGAAAUCCACAAGAACGUCAUCUCCCCCUUGGAAGGGGAAGUCAAGGAGAACGCUCUCCAUCAGAAGCACCAGGACCUGAAGGAGAAGAUGCGGAACCUCAACCAAGGUUUUGAACGACUGCGCAAGCUGAGUCACGAGGGAUUCAGCACGGAUAGUGAGUUUAAGGAACCAAGAGUCAUUGAGCUGUGGGAGAUGGCGAGGACAGCCAACCUUAGCAAUGAUGAGCUGGAUUCCCUCAAGGAAGAGCUGAAGCACUUUGAGACCAAGGUGGAGAAACACCAACACUACCAGGAGCAGCUAGAGCUGUCCCACCAGAAGCUGAAGCACGUGGAGUCCCUGGGGGACAAGGAGCACAUCUCAAGAACCAAGGAGAAGUACAAUAACUUGGCAGAGAAGACCCGGGAGAUGAGCUACAAGAUGAAGAAGCACAUGCAGGAUCUCACCAGUAAGAUCUCACGCAAUGGAUUCAACCACAAUGAGCUGUGAGGGUGUGUGGAUGCACCCGAGUGAACUGGCUUCCUGCUUCUGGGACCUUAUCCAAAGGAUCUACAUUGCAGUUCUUCCCUCUCAACACACCAUGGUACAGUAGAUGAGCAAGGAUUGUGGGCUCAAUUUAAAACACUUUUUGGACCAUAGGAUGUAGAGAUUUGUGUAAUCAAAACACGAGAAAUUGAAAGCACUUAUUUUAUAAUGACCAAUUCAUGUUAUGAUUAUUGAAUAUUUUUGCUCGGAUGUUACAGUAUUAGUGAAUUUUUGUUCAGACGGUUUUGUGCUUUCGCGUGUAUAUUUCGCUUACAAUCUUGACUCUGCUUCACAUGAGUACUAUAGUGGUUUGAAGGGUUUAGAAGAUCGGCUGGGAUGACCCGAUCGUUUCUCACGUACAGCUGAGAAGGAGGGGACACUGGGAUAGGUGGGGUUGCUGGGGAAAACCCAACAAGUCAGCCAUUCAGAUGUGGCUUCACCUGUAUCCUGCAUCCAAUGUUCAGCCAGCAAUAGGUCCAAUGUAAGUAAGAGGUUAGCAGUUACUGGUAGUCAGUACCUGGAUGCUGUGUGCGUUUGGGGGGGGGUGUCUACAUUGGCUGUUGUAUUUGUCGAUUGGCUGUAUGAUGGAUUGCCUUGUGGCCAGUGCUUCCUGGGGAUUGGCUGCCAGCACCCGUACUGACAUUUGGUUAGAAGACAGAUUUGUAUUGUAUGCAUUUGUACUUGUGUAACACUCAAUGUUUUAUGAAGGAACAUAACGUGAGAGAAUCGAGGCAGAACUUGUACCUAGCCUUCUAAUCAAUCACCUUGAAUAAAGCAAAUUUUACAUCUGGUUA